UCGAGAUAUAGAAACAGGGUUGUCGGAAAGCUAUACGAAAACGUCAGUUUCGUUGACGUUUCUCGUAGUGGCAACAUCAUCAGCAUCAACAACCCGGAAUACGGAACAACAGAAUCAAGUCCUGUGCUGAAAAUGAUAGAAACAUUGUACAGUCUACCUUUCUACCUUUUUGAGGUGCCUAACCUAAAGUUAAAGCGUCCAUCAUGGUUGCAUCAACCGUCGGCAAUGACCGUAUUUUCGUUCGUUUUGCUGUCCUACUUUCUGGUCACCGGAGGCAUAAUCUACGAUGUGAUUGUAGAGCCACCGAGUGUCGGUUCCACAACAGAUGAACAUGGGCAUUCGCGCCCUGUGGCGUUUAUGCCGUAUCGCGUUAAUGGUCAGUACAUCAUGGAGGGACUAGCCAGCAGUUUUCUAUUCACCAUUGGUGGCCUCGGCUUCAUUAUUAUGGAUCAGACGCACACGCCAGGCAAACCGAAGCUCAACAAAAUUUUGCUGAUCGCCAUGGGUUUCAUUUUUAUUGUGGUUUCGUUCAUCACAACUUGGAUUUUCAUGCGAAUGAAGUUGCCAGGCUACCUGCAGCCCUAAAGAAACAAUUGAACCAUUACCACUCCGUACACUUAUGUUGAACGUAUUUUCCUUCCAAACAAUAAAUAUAAUUUU